CAACAUCACUAGUUCACUGCUGUACUACUCUAUCUCGCCCUAAAACCCCGCCCGCUCCAUCGGCCAUUGCUGUUUUAAACUUUUAAUUUAAAACUCCCACAAACAAACUAGCCGCUUUGCUGUCGAUCUUUACUGCUGCAAGGCCAUUUCCCUCUCGCCAAACACAGACUGAGGGUAGGCCAUUUCCCUCUUAUCUUCACACUCCCAAUACCUCCACUCUAACCAUUCUCCGGCCCCUCCCUCUACUCUCUCUUUCCAAUUUCAAACCCUAAAACCCCAAAUCACCGCAACAAUGAGCUUCGCUGCCUACAAGAUGAUGCACUUGCCCACCGGCAUCGAGAACUGCGCCUCCGGCUUCAUCACGCAUUGCCGCGCAGACCUUGCCCCUCAAAUUCCUUCGAUGCAGUCCGACGAUAUUGAGUCCGAAUGGCCUGCGAAGCGUGGAAUUGGUUCCGUUCCCAACCUCAUUGUGACCGCCGGUAAUGUUCUCGAAGUGUAUGUGGUUAGAGUUGAAGAAGAAGGCACCAGAGAGUCUCGAAAUUCCCGUGAACCGAAGCGGGGUGGGGUCAUGGAUGGGGUCUCCGGGGCUUCGCUCGAGCUUGUUUGCCACUACAGGUUGCAUGGUAACGUGGAGUCAAUGGCAGUGCUGCCUAUAGAAAGUGGUGAUGGUUCUAGAAGAAGAGAUUCUAUUAUUCUGGCAUUUAAAGAUGCAAAGAUUUCAGUUUUGGAGUUUGAUGAUUCAAUACAUGGACUCCGCACAAGCUCUAUGCACUGUUUUGAAGGUCCAGAUUGGCUUCAUUUGAAAAGAGGUAGAGAAUCUUUUGCAAGAGGCCCGUCAGUAAAGGUUGAUCCUCAAGGCAGAUGUGGUGGUGUUCUUGUUUAUGAUUUGCAGAUGAUAAUACUUAAGGCUGCUCAGGCUGUCUCUGGUUUGGUUGGAGAUGAUGAUGCUCUUGGUUCAGGAGGUGCUAUCUCUGCUCGAAUCCAAUCAUCCUACAUUAUCAAUCUACGAGACUUGGACAUGAAGCAUGUAAAAGAUUUUAUAUUUGUACAUGAUUACAUUGAGCCUGUGGUGGUUAUCCUUCAUGAGCGGGAGCUUACUUGGGCUGGGCGUGUCUCAUGGAAGCAUCAUACUUGCAUGAUUGCUGCUCUUAGUAUCAGCACAACUUUGAAGCAGCCUACUCUCAUAUGGUCAGUUGUGAAUCUUCCGCAUGAUGCUUACAAGUUGCUUGCAGUGCCAUCACCAAUUGGUGGCGUUCUUGUUAUUUGUGCAAACACCAUCCACUAUCACAGUGAGUCAGCCACUUGUGCAUUAGCCCUGAACAACUAUGCUGUUUCUGUUGAUAGCAGUCAAGAGCUUCCAAGAGCAAGUUUCAGCGUGGAACUUGAUGCCGCCAAGGCAGCUUGGUUAUUAAAUGAUGUUGCCUUGCUGUCAACCAAAAAUGGGGAACUUUUGUUAUUGACCCUUGUUUAUGAUGGAAGGGUUGUGCAGAGGCUUGAUCUUUCCAAGUCUAAAGCUUCAGUACUUACUUCGGACAUCACAACAAUUGGGAGUUCAUUAUUUUUUCUGGCCAGUCGUUUGGGGGACAGUUUGCUCGUUCAAUUUACUUAUGGAUUGGGAUCUUCAUUGGUGUCAUCUGGUUUAAAAGAAGAGGUUGGAGAUAUUGAAGGUGAUGUUCCUACAACAAAGCGAUUGAAGAGGUCCCCUUCUGACGGUUUGCAAGACAUGGUUAGUGGGGAGGAGCUUUCUUUGUAUGGUUCGACUGCCAACAAUACAGAAUCCACACAGAAAAAUUUCUCAUUUUCCGUGAGGGAUUCAUUGAUCAAUGUUGGUCCUUUGAAAGACUUCUCAUAUGGUCUAAGGAUUAAUGCUGAUGCAAAUGCAACUGGAAUGGCCAAACAAAGCAACUAUGAGCUGGUAUGCUGCUCUGGUCAUGGGAAAAAUGGUGCUCUUUGUGUUCUUCGGCAGUCAAUUCGCCCAGAAAUGAUUACAGAGGUUGACCUUCCUGGUUGUAGAGGAAUUUGGACUGUUUACCAUAAAAAUGCACGUGGCCAUAAUGUUGAUACAUCUAGAAUGGCUGCAGUUGACGAUGAGUAUCAUGCAUAUUUGAUCAUAAGUAUGGAGGCUCGCACAAUGGUACUUGAAACUGCUGAUCAUUUGACAGAAGUCACUGAAAGUGUGGACUAUUUCGUACAAGGAAGGACAAUUGCUGCAGGCAAUCUGUUUGGAAGGCGUAGAGUUGUUCAGGUCUUUGAACGUGGUGCUCGAAUUCUAGAUGGUUCUUUUAUGACUCAAAAUUUAAGCUUUGGGUCUUCAAACUCUGAAUCUGGUUCUGGUUCUGAGAGUUCCACAGUUUUGUCUGUUUCUAUUGCUGAUCCAUAUGUGUUAAUAAGAAUGACUGAUGGAAGUAUUCGGCUUCUCAUUGGAGAUCCUUCUACUUGCAUGGUUUCCACAAAUACUCCAUCUGCCUUUGAAAACUCCAGGAAAUCAGUAUCUGCCUGCACUCUGUAUCAUGAUAAAGGACCAGAGCCUUGGCUGCGGAAGGCAAGUACUGAUGCAUGGCUUUCUACUGGUAUUAGUGAGGCCAUAGACGGUGCUGAUGGUGGCCCACACGAUCAGGGAGACAUAUAUUGUAUUGUUUGUUAUGAAACUGGUGCACUCGAAAUAUUUGAUGUGCCAAAUUUCAAUUCUGUGUUCUCUGUUGAUAAAUUUGUGUCUGGAAAAACCCAUCUUGUUGAUACCUAUGUGCGGGAACCAGCCACAGAUUCACUGGGUAUGUUUAACAAAACUUCUGAAGAAGUGGCUGGCCUAGGCAAGAAAGAAAGUACUCACAACAUGAAGGUUGUGGAGUUAGCUAUGCAGAUGUGGUCUGGACAUCAUAGUUGCCCUUUCCUUGUUGGAAUAUUGACUGAUGGGACGAUACUCUGUUACCAUGCCUACCUUUUUGAAGUUCCAGAUGGGACUUCUAAAAUAGAGGAUUCUGUUUCUGCACAAAAUUCUGUUGGCCCAGGCAUUGUUAGUUCUUCAAGGCUUAGAAAUUUACGAUUUGUUCGUGUACCGUUGGAUAGUUACACAAGGGAGGAAACAUCAAGUGAGACCUCAUGCCAAAGGAUUACCAUCUUCAAGAAUAUCAGUGGUUAUCAAGGGUUUUUCCUUUCUGGAUCAAGACCAGCUUGGUUUAUGGUGUUUAGAGAGCGAAUGCGAGUUCAUCCACAGUUAUGUGAUGGUUCAAUUGUUGCCUUCACUGUUCUUCACAAUGUGAACUGCAAUCACGGACUCAUUUAUGUUACUUCCCAGGGUAAUUUGAAGAUUUGUCAAUUGCCAUCCGUAACAAGUUAUGACAAUUAUUGGCCAGUUCAAAAGGUACCACUGAAGGGAACUCCACAUCAAGUGACCUAUUUUGCAGAGAAGAACUUAUACCCGCUUAUAGUUUCUGUUCCUGUUCAGAAGCCGGUGAAUCAAGUUCUUUCGUCACUGGUUGAUCAAGAAGUUGGCCACCAGAUUGAGAAUCAUAAUUUAAGUCCUGAUGAACUGCAUCAAACUUAUAAUGUAGAAGAAUUUGAGGUUCGGAUCUUGGAACCAGAGAGACCUGGUGGCCCUUGGCAAACUAAGGCUACAAUUCCAAUGCAAAGUUCUGAAAAUGCACUUACUGUUCGAGUGGUUACACUUUUUAAUACAACUACAAAAGAGAAUGAAACACUUUUAGCCAUUGGGACCGCUUAUCUGCAAGGGGAGGAUGUUGCAGCAAGAGGGCGUGUGCUUCUGUUUUCUGUGGUGAAAAAUCCAGAUAAUUCUCAAGUUUUGGUUUCAGAAGUCUAUUCUAAAGAAUUGAAAGGUGCUAUAUCUGCUUUGGCCUCGCUACAAGGUCAUCUGUUGAUAGCUUCUGGUCCUAAAAUUAUUUUACACAAGUGGACUGGUACAGAGUUGAAUGGUGUUGCUUUUUAUGAUGCUCCACCAUUAUAUGUUGUAAGCUUAAAUAUCGUCAAGAAUUUUAUCCUAUUGGGUGAUAUUCACAAAAGCAUAUACUUUCUUAGUUGGAAGGAGCAGGGGGCUCAACUUAGCUUAUUGGCAAAGGAUUUUGGUUCACUUGAUUGUUUUGCAACAGAGUUUUUGAUUGAUGGAAGUACACUUAGCCUUGUGGUUUCAGAUGAACAAAAGAACAUUCAGAUAUUCUAUUAUGCACCAAAAAUGUCCGAGAGCUGGAAAGGACAGAAACUGCUUUCAAGGGCUGAAUUUCAUGUUGGUGCCCAUGUGACUAAGUUCAUACGGUUGCAAAUGCUUUCUACAUCUGAUCGAAGUGGAACUGCUCCUGGCUCUGAUAAGACCAAUCGCUUUGCUUUAUUGUUUAUUACUCUCGAUGGCAGCAUUGGUUGUUUGGCCCCUCUUGACGAGCUCACAUUUCGUAGGUUGCAGUCACUACAGAAAAAACUGAUCGAUGCUGUUCCCCAUGUUGCUGGCUUAAAUCCAAGAUCAUUCCGCCAGUUUCAGGCAGAUGGAAGGGUUCACCGACCUGGCCCUGAAAGCAUAGUAGAUUGUGAGCUGCUUUCUCAUUAUGAGAUGCUUCCAUUGGAGGAACAACUUGAGAUUGCUCAGCAGGUCGGAACAACCCGUGCACAAAUUUUAUCGAAUUUGAAUGAUCUUUCUUUGGGGACAAGUUUUUUGUGAAUCCAGCUGAUCCAGAAGCAAUUCAUUGGAAGAUUAAUCAAGGCCUGAAUCAUUUUUUAUAAGGGCCGUUAUUUGAUGCUCUUGUGCCGCCAGGUGCAAUUCAUUACUUUAGUAAAAAGCUGCGUUGGGGUCCCCGUUGAAGAUCCUUGCGAGGACCAAUACUGAAUACUGGAUAACGGCUUUCAAGUAAUUGUUGUAUAUGUUGUUCUGCGAAAAGGGUCGACUGAAACAGCUGUGUUGAGAGCCUUUUAGCUUCUCAAGUAUCAAAAGAAAGAUAAGCUGCCCUAAUGUUGUUUACAUUUAGUAGGCUAGAUUUCUCUGUCCUGCUCUUUUGAGAAAGCGAUUUCAUGUAUUGGAAACUUCAAAAUUUUCUUGGAAGCUAUUUAUCGUAUAUAUAUGUGCAUAUAGCACAACCCAAAGGUCAACA